AUGAUCUCGAGCUUCGCCCAGGCGGGGCUGAUGGACGAGGCAAGCACCGCCUUCGAUCGGAUAUCCCAGAGGAAUGUAAUCUCCUGGACGAGCAUCGCAGCCGGAUUCGCCCAGAGCGGCCUCGUCGCCCAAGCGAAGCACGCAUUCCAAUCCAUGCCGGAGCGCAAUUGGAUCACCUGGACCGCGGUGGUGGCAGCAUUUGCCCAGAGCGGGCAUUUGGGCGAAGCCCGGGAUCUUCUCGCAAGGAUCCCACACCCGGACGUCAAGCCCUGGGCCGAGAUGGCGACCGCGUAUGCUCGAAACGGGCAUGGCAAGGUAGCGCUGGAGCUGCUCAAACCGAUGGAGCUCCUGGGAAUUCCACCCGACGAGGCCACCUGCGUGAACAUCCUGAGCGCUUGCCGGCACGUCGGGCUCGUCGAAGAAGGCCGCCAGUGCUUCUUGUACAUGCUGGAAGAUCGAUGCGUAGCUCCACACUUUGAGAUCUACUGCUCCAUGGUGGAUUUGCUGGCUCGAGCCGGGCAGCUCCCACAGGCCGAGGAGCUUAUCCAGAGCAUGCCAUAUCUUCCCGAUGAUACCACCUGGGGAGCGCUGCUUGGCGGCGCUCGGAUCCACAGUGAUAUCCAGUGUGGUCUCCGAGCGGCGUGGAGCGCGUUUGAGGCACACCCCGAGAACCCCGGACCUUAUAUCCUCAUGGCCAAUAUCUUGCUGGAGUGA